CAUUUCCGGGGUGGCGCAUUGGAGUGACGGGUUUGGGUUGCUCGAUGAGUCUGCAAGCCAGCACAUCUCCAAGCGCAUCGCAAGCUACCCGGCAUUCGUGCAAGGCGUUGACUAAACCCUCACAAGCGCCUCUGAGUACAUUGAUCAAAGCAGGCGUCGUGGUCACUCACACACGCAAGGAUCUGCGGAGGUGGGGGCGCUCUGCUCCCAGGGGUUUCAAGGAAUGCACGCAUUUCCAGCGGCGCUGUUCGUUUCCGAGCCUUGAUGAUCUGAGCUGCCAGAGGGGCAUAUACAAUUUGACAGGUUAUCUGGACAGAUAUAUACAACGUCACGCAACGUUACACAAGAUCAGCCACUUCAGGCGCCAGCCUAACAGAAAGAUGGUGGUCAAAGCUGCAGAAAGCGCACCCCAUGAGCAGCUUCAGCAAGGAAGCCCCUCCCUUCUGCACAGUGUGGAUGCGUUUGAUAAGUCCUUCUCGGCCUGGCUGUACGCCGAUGGGCGGUCCCACUUGCGGGGCUUUCUGAAGUUUCUGGAAAUGUCAGGAACUGGUUCCAUCUGGAUCCCCGCCAUCAUCGCCCUCUGGCUGGCUCCCUUCGACUACCCCUCCGCUCUUCGUGCCCUGGCCUUCAACCUUCUGGUUGGUUUCCUGUUAGACCUCGCCCUCAUUGGGUCCAUUAAAGGCCUGGCCAGGCGCACCCGGCCCAAGUACAACCGCGAGUUUUCAGUUCUUGUACCAGUGGAUGUGUACUCGUUUCCCAGCGGCCAUGCUUCCAGAGCCAUUUUUAUCGCCUCCUUCCUGUGCUUCUGCAUCUACGCCAACAAAGGCUCGUUUCUUACCGGUACAUCAGCUGCUAGCGCGUGCUCACUCGUAGCUUUUUGGGCCGCAUGCACCGCAAGCUCUCGCGUGUUCCUUGGCAGGCACUACUUUCUAGACGUCGUUGCGGGCUGCUUACUUGGCAUCCUGGAGCUGGUCAUCAUGACCACCUUUUUGUGGGUGUCCGAAACGACCUCCACUAAGUACCACAGCUUGCUGUGGCAAAGACUAAAACUCUUAAACUGAAAUUGCACACAAUUUAGUUUCAUC